UGUGGUGUGUGCAGACAGAAGCUCUUCAAAAAGCUAAAAAUUUUGAAAACUCAAGUGGCCGUUUGAAACCUUUUUUUUGAAAGUUUUUGUUAACUUCAAAGAACCAACCGAAGGCGAAGGGACUUCUUCAAUGCAACAAACAAACAAAGCCACUUCGCCAUUGAAGAACCCAUCUCUCUAGAAUUUCAAAAACCCCUCAUUUUCUAGAGAGAGAGACAGAGAGAAGAAAAAAAUGACAGGAAUUGUAAUGGUGACAAGAGGAGGAGGGUGCGGCGGAGGCAAAAUCCUGAAAGGAACCAAAGGCUCAGUGGGCGAAGACCAAAAUCAGCUGUCUCUGGUCGAUGUUCUGCUGACGGCUUUGAGGAAAUCCAUGGUCUACUGCCGUGUCGACCGCCGGGAGGACCUCAUCUCCGCCGUCCAUCCCAUGGAAAUCGGAUGGCCUACAAAUGUUCGACAUAUUGCCCAUGUUACAUUCGACCGCUUCAAUGGCUUUCUGGGUCUUCCUGUGGAGUUUGAGGUUGAGAUUCCCAGCUCUGUUCCAAGUGCCAGUGCUAGUGUGUUUGGGGUAUCAGCUGAAUCGAUGCAAUGCUCUACUGAUUCGAGAGGAAACAGCGUACCGAUGAUACUCUUGCUAAUGCAGGAUCGGUUGUACCGUCAAGGAGGGCUCAAGGCUGAAGGGAUUUUUCGGAUAAACCCUGAAAAUAGCCAAGAGGAGCAAGUGAGGGACAAAUUGAACAGGGGGAUUAUACCUGAAAACAUUGAUGUCCACUGCUUGGCUGGCCUAAUAAAGGCAUGGUUUCGAGAGCUUCCAUCCGGAGUGCUCGACGGGCUCUCUCCCGAGCAAGUUCUGCAAUGUAACACCGAAGAGGAGUCGGUCGAGCUCGUUAAGCAGCUAAAGCCAACUGAGGCUUCCUUGCUGAAUUGGGCCGUGGAUCUUAUGGCUGAUGUUGUUGAGGAAGAAGAUUCCAACAAAAUGAAUGCUAGAAACAUUGCUAUGGUUUUUGCUCCCAACAUGACUCAGAUGUCUGAUCCAUUGACUGCUCUAAUGCACGCUGUUCAAGUAAUGAACCUACUCAAAACACUCAUCAUGAAAACGUUAAGAGAGCGGGAAGAGGCUGCUUCGGGAGGGUAUUCGCCCAUGUCGUCUCAUUCUUCUGAUCAGCAAAUGGAUGAAGAUUUUGAUAGUCAGGAAGACAUGGAUACCGGUGACGAAUCGAGAGGGCCAAACUCCGACGGGGAGAUCGAUGUCAUCCAUUUCAAUCACGGCAGUGAAGAUGGAGAGGAAGAAGAAAAUGAAGGAUCAUUAAGUGAGAUAGAGGAAUGCUUCUUGAGGCAACUGAAUGAAACCAAAAGUGAAACUUGCAGAUCAGCAAGACAAGGAGGCGACCUGCAAAUUGAUUCAAGUCCAAGAAGCUGCUCGGGAUUUAAUGUCGAGUCCAGUUUAUCGUUUACCGAUAGUAAAAAUGGAAACUCAUGCCUGAGUUCUAGUGAUGGAGAAGAUUCCGGCACGAGUUUGCACGAAGACGAGGAACAAAGAAUUCAUAAAGAUGUCCACCCCAUAGCAUGUAAUAACUCCUCCAUUGAUAUUCAGAUGGAUGACAAAAUGAGGGAACCUGUUUUAUCGAUGCCCAUGGUCGUCGUUUCUGAAGAAUCAGUCUAACAGCUCUCAUCGACAACGACCGCAGUACUUCGGGAUAUGCUUUCUUUUCACUUGUUCAAAGUUAUGCUUGCUUUUUUUGUUUUUGUUUUUGUAUCAUAGCACAACGUUUAGCAAGAGGCUUUGACCAAAAAAAAAACGCAAAUUAGGAGAGGAUUGUUUGUGUGUGUUUUUGUGAUUUCUAAGGUUUAGCUUCGAGCUGAACGCGUUUCACUUGUUUCUUUUUGUAACCGAAAUGUCGAUCGAACUGUGUUAUCGGACAAAUUUGUCGUUUAAUAAUUUGGUUU